AUGGCACUCUUCCCUCACGCUUGGCCUCGAUCUGAAGGCGAUCCAUUUGAUAGUCAGUUGAUGACCGAGGACUACUAUCACGGUAAGUUGUUGUUUCUAUAAAAUAGGCGUUCUAAUGUAGAUAUUCUUGUUUUAUGUUGGUUUUCAAGGUUGGAAGGAAAGUCUACAACCUCAAAUUGUUAAAAAGAGGUAGUUAUUGUAUAAAUAGAAUAAAGUUUUGUAUUUCAGGCCUAUUGCCUCGCGAAGACAUAGUGGAGAUGUUGGAAAAGAAUGGCGACUUUCUAGUUCGUGUAAGCAUCCCUGAGCCAAACCAGCCUAGACAGUUCAUCCUGUCAGUAAUGCAGGAUGAAUCUACGAAACACGAGGGUGUAAGUUUUGAUAAUAUUUAUAUAUUUUUCAACCUAAUAUAGGAGUUAUAGUGUUUUUAAGUAUUUAAAUUUUCUAAAAAUUUAAAAAAAUUUUGUUUACAGAUACGACACUUUUGCAUCCAAGUCUCAGUAGCUGGCUUCAUGCUUGAAGAAAGUCCACCAUUCAACAGCAUAGUGACCAUGGUAAACCACUUCCUAAACUCUAAAGAGUCGAUUACUAAACGCUACCCAUGCUCAUUGCAAAACGCUAUCACUCGACGUCUCUGGCAACUCAAACACGAGUUCAUACAUCCAGAGAAGAAGCUAGGUGAAGGUGCAUUUGGAGAGGUUCAAGCAGGUCAGGCGUUUGUCAACGGCGAUAUUAAGAAAGUGGCCAUAAAGCUAGCUAAGAUGCGGUCGAUCACGAAGGAACAGAUCAGGGAAUUCAUGAUGGAAGCCCGUGUAAUGAGAGGUAUGAAUCAUCCCCAUGUAGUCAAGUUCUAUGGAGUUGCCGCCUUUCAGGAUCCCUUGCUUCUGGUGAUGGAGCUUGUAGACGAAGGGUCGCUGGAUAAGAUCCUGAUUAAAAAGCAGCUGAACAUGAAGACAAAGACUGAGUUUUGUGUUCAAGCUGCCUGGGCGAUUGAGUAUCUUCACUCGAUUCAGUUAAUGCACAGAGACAUCGCGGCCAGGAACUGUCUUGUGAAUGCAGGGAAGUUGAAGAUCAGUGACUUUGGAUUAACAUCGAAGGGCACAGAGGUGGCAAUGGACCCGAAGAAGAAGGUGCCAGUCAGGUGGUAAGUGAUUUUACUUUAAAAAUGGUUUUAAAAAUUUGUAAAUUUAUAAAAAGCGAUUUUUAUAUUGAUAAUAACAGAGUAAAAUACCUUUAAAAGUUAGAAAAUUAAGGUAGAGGAUUUGAAAUGCAUCGGGAAUGGCGCUAAAAUAUUGUUUUUGCUUUCAGGAUGGCUCCAGAAGCGAUGGAAUCCUUUAAAUACACAACUAAAUGUGACGUCUGGGCUUAUGGUAUACUGUGCUGGGAGAUUUUCAGCGACGGGCAGAUGCCAUAUAACAUGUUACCACCACAAGCGGUUGUUGAAAAGGUUUGUUAAUUUGAUUGCAUUUUAAAAAUUUUGAUUUGCUUCCCAAUUGAGUUUGAAAGUCAAGUCUACUCUCAGCUUUCAUGAUCUAUCUCUUGGUUAAUAUCUUGUAAGAUUUUUUAUAUUAAUUUAUAAGCUUAACCUCAUAAAUUCAGAUCAAAGCCGGCUUCAAGAUGGAUUUCCCUCAAGGAACACCUACCUGCUUUACAAAACUUACACACGAUUAUAUAUGGCUCAAGGAGGAAAAACACCGCUUCACGAUGGUGGAAGUCGUCUUAUGGCUGGAGAAGGUAACGGGCAUUCACAGAGCAGGUACAACAACCGAGGACAGAAGGAAACGUGGAUCAUUCACCAGCCCUUCCACUGCCAGUACAGUGAAUUCAGAUGGAAGGAGGACCCCAGAACGAGUUCAUGUAGACAAGUAUGCCAGGAACGAAAGACUCUCGAAACGGUCAGCCAAGUCAUCGAAGAAAGUGGUUCCUCAAAAAAAGUAUAACAAGAAGGCUCCUAAGAUUGUCCACAAGAAAACCCACACCAAUGAUGAUUGA